AUGGGACGCAAUCGGCAUAAAUGGUCUAGUUACUUUAAAAUACUUGAUGAGCUUGCAAAUAAGAGUAAUAAAGCAGCUAUCUGUCGUGCUUGUAUAGAAGUUUUAGGUGACGAAGCCAAAAAAAUAACAAACAAAGCAAAUUUAUGUUAUAAUCAUUUGAAGUCUUGUCCAAAUUUUGCACAAAAGUAUACUACUGAAGAAUUAAAAAAAAUUCUUCAACAAAACGAUAAAGAAAUUUUAAAUGAAUCUAAUAAUGAAUCUAAUAGUGAAUCUGAUGAAAGUUCUUCAAAAAAAGUCAAAACAGUUUCUCAAAACCUGAUUAAACCUGUUAAAAGGCAAAGACAAACAAGUGUUAACCAAUAUUUGUGUCAUCCAUUACCUGACAAUAUUCAGCAGCAAUUUGAACGACAUUUAAUUCGUGGAACAGUAAUGAAUGGAUUAUCAUUUAGGUGGAUACAAGAUGAGGAUAUCAUAGCAGCUUUUAAACUUGCUAAUCCGGCUAUACAAUUACCCCACAUCGUACUUGUAACUAAUAUAGAAAAUUCAACUAAUUCGGAUGAUAAAAAAUUUCCAUCUGACAUAGCUGAAAUUAUAAAUGAUUCUACAUUUUGGAAUGAUUUAAAGGAGUUAAAUGAUAUUCUUCUUCCAUUUUGCGCGACACUUAAUCAACUUCAGUGUGAUUCAGCACGCUUAUGUGACUAUAAAAAAGUUCUUGAAAUGAGUCAAUUCCGGGGAAAAAUAAAGCAAGAGCGCAAGUUAAAAGCUAUUGAAAAAGCGGCAAAACAAAUUCACAAUCCUAACAUUCUAUUACCUAUAUCUUCGGAUACUGAAGAAAAAAUAAUUACAAACUGGUCAUCACUUUUAAGAGAUGAACAAUUCGAAGAAGAAUUAGAUUUUAUGGAUGUAGAUGAAAUGGUACAUCCUGCUACGAAUCAAGAUGCUAAGUGGCCUUUGUUGCGAAUUUUUCAAAAUCAUAUUGUACAACCUGAUUCUUAUAAUUUGUUAUUAGGAAUUUAG